AUGUGGCAUGAGCUUGUUCGUCUUAGUUUUGUUCGAAUUUUUUAUCCAUGUUUAAUGAUAUUUGGUACAGUUGGAAAUAUUUUAUGUUUAAUAAUUCUUUUACGUAAACGUUUUCGUCAUCAAUCAAUUUGUCAAUAUUUAUGUGUACUUGCUGUUAUUGAUAUACUUUUUAUUUAUACGAGAUCAACACGUUAUUUAUAUCGAAAUAUAUAUAAUGCUGAUUUACGUAAUGCAUCAUUAUGGAUAUGUCGAUCACUUAUGUUUUUUUCUUCGACAUUAUCACAUUUAGCAUCAUGGAUAUUAGUUAUUGUUAGUUUUGAUCGAUAUUUUAUGAUAAAAAAUUUAUUUGCACGUCGUGAUGCAAACUAA